AUGGCUGUUGUACCUGGCGAGAAUCCUCGUGGCCGACAGGCUUUUGAUAUCUCCAUCGCGUUCACGGUCAUUGCCUUCUUCAGUGUGGUCUUGAGAUUGUACACUCGGUGGUUCAUCGUCCGCGCUCCUGGUAUUGAAGACCAUCUCAUCAUAGUGGCAUCGCUCUUCUCUAUCUGCCUUACUAUUUGCAUUGCAUACCAAGCAAGAUGGGGCAUGGGCCAGCAUGCCGACACUCUCUCCUGGGAUGACAAUGUGAAAGUGUCAAAGGCUUUUUGGGCUUCCCUCAUCGCAUACUACCUGUCACUUGGGCUCACCAAGGGCUCCAUCCUCUUGCAAUACCACCGAGUAUUCCCGACCCGGAAGUUUCGAGUCGCAUGCUGGUGUGUCUUCGCUGUAGUCAUAUGCUACACUAUAUGGACUGUCUUCGGCAGCAUCUUUGCUUGCGUGCCGGUGCAAGCUUUUUGGACAAAGGAACGCGCGCGCUGCAUCGAUCAGUUCGCCAUGUGGUUCACAAACGCCGCCAUCAACAUUUUGACCGACUUCGCCACCGUCGUUCUUCCCAUGCCUGUUAUCCAACGCCUGCAGCUCGGGAAGCGACAAAAGUCAGCUUUGAUCGCAAUCUUCGCAGUCGGUGGAUUUGUCUGCAUCGUCUCCAUUCUGCGACUCCAAUCACUGGUCGCUAUAUCCAACAGCAAGGACCAAAGCUACGACAACCCUGCUGCCGCCACAUGGAGUUCCGUCGAAGCCAACGUCGGCAUCAUCUGCUCGUGUCUCCCUCUCCUCCGGCCCCUCAUGGCUAAAUACCUACCGGGCGUCUUCUCCUCGCACCGCCGCGACACCGGAGGCACGCCACGCAUCUACCCGACCAUCGGCAGCGCACGAAGCCGACCCCUACCUUCCCACAACGGCGACUACCCUUUAGCGACCACGACCAGAGGCUCGGGUAGCGGCUCGCGAGGCUCGAGUGAUGCAGAGGGCCGCGACAUACAGGUCGAGACGCACAUCCACGUCAAAGUCGAGGGUGGAGGCGACAGACUGAGCGGGUGGGCGACGCUCAAGCCAAAGCGGUCGUUGAGAGACGAUCGCGCCAGCAGCACGGAUACGCUGGUCAAGGAUUCGCGGGAUGUAUGA